UGGAGACAAGUAUUGUGAAAGUAAUAGGUACCUACAACGAGCAGAAAAAGUACGUGUGGUUCAAGAACAUCAUCUAGAAAAUUGAGACAUUGACUUAACAGAAUAUAUAAACAUGGCAUACUAUAACAGAGCGAGAAGAUUCUUUGCUUUUAUAAUGGGCGACCAGAAGCAGAAGAAUUUGUCCGCCAGCUUCAAACUCGAAAAUUUUUCAUCGACAUCUAAGCUCGCAUCGAAUGAAGUAUGCGUAUCAAUCGAUGGUAAAGAUGGCCAAAGUGAUGACUACAACCCUUUCGAGAACAGAAAUGUCGAGCACCCAAAUUCGACGGUGGGCGCUCUGAUCCACUUACUCAAAAGCUCGCUGGGCACAGGAAUUUUGGCAAUGCCUGUCGCUUUCAAAAACGCAGGUUUGCUAGGAGGAUCCAUCGGUACACUUUUCGUGGGAUUUUUAUGCACAUAUUGCGUACACAUGCUGGUCAGCGCAUCGCAUGAGAUAUGCAGGCGAGCAAAAAUUCCUUCCCUGGGCCUUGCUGAAACGUGCGGGGCGGCUUUUGAAUAUGGACCAAAAUCUCUGCGGCGGUUUAGUACGGCUGUAAGAAUCUCGGUGGAUAUUUCCAUGGUGAUUACCUACUUCAUGAUUACAAGUGUCUACGUCGUCUUCAUGUCAGAUUCUCUUCGGCAGCUCGUUGAGCAUUGGCUUCCAGAAACAACGUAUAGCACAAGGCUGUAUAUGGUAAUGAUAAUGGUGCCAUUAAUGCUAUCGUCACAAGUAAGAGAACUAAAGCAUUUAGUACCUUACUCAUUUCUGGCUAACAUUUUUAUGGUUACCUCCUUUGCAAUUUCGCUGUAUUACCUAUUUCUGGAUAUACCCGAUCCGUCCAGUAGACCGUUGUUUUCAUCGAUUGGUCACCUGCCAUUGUUUUUCAGUACAGUGAUAUUUGCUAUGGAGGGUAUUGGCGUCGUGAUGCCAGUCGAAAAUAGUAUGAAGAAACCGCAGCACUUCUUGGGAUGUCCCGGAGUCUUAAACGGCGCUAUGAGUAUCGUUGUUCUUCUGUACGCUGUCAUCGGAUUUUUCGGUUACUUGAAGUUUGGUGACGAAACGCAAGGUACGAUCACCUUGAAUUUCCCCGUGGAUGAAAUACCGGCCCAAAUACUCAAGCUUCUGAUUGUACUAUCUGUGUUCUUCACCUACAAUCUGCAAAUGUAUGUUGCGUUAGACAUAAUUUGGAAGAAAGUGGAUAAUCGCAUUGUCGGAAGUGUCAAGAGAAACGUCACGCAGGUCAUUACCCGGUGUUUGUUUGUAGCAGGAACUGUUGGAAUCGCUGCCGCUGUUCCCAAUCUGGAGCACAUAAUCGGCCUUGUGGGUUCCAUUUGUCUGUCGAUUAUUGGCGUUUUAUUACCGGCUGUUAUUGAAACGGUGGUAUAUUGGGAGUACAGUUUUGGUUGUAUGCGAUGGAAGUUGAUAAAAAAUGCUUUUCUGGCAAUAUUAGCUAUAUUUGCUCUGAUUUCGGGAGCAAUGGAAAGUAUAAGUGCACUGUUUUAGGUUGCAAUUCGAAAACACUUGCCAUUUACGUACUUUACUAACCUUUACUGCAUAGCUUUACAAUUUUAGUUAUACGACAGCUACAGUAAUUAUGUAAUAUGUAGAUAAUGAAAUCUGUGAUUUAUUUAGUAAGCUAACAUUAUUAAAUUAUUAAAUAGAUUUAUUAAGGCGA